AUGCCUCAGCCGCAGGGCUACAAGAAGGAGCUGGACAAAGCAAACGUCACGAUAGUUUCCAUCGAGAAGGCUCUGUUCCACGGCUCUUUUUUACUGCCUUUCUUUGCAUGCUUGGGCGGAGGAGCUGGGAGACGUGCAGCGAGCGUUGUGCAUGGCAACACGCAAGCUGCAGACGGUGCAAAAGGUCAGCGAGACUCAGCACCAGGCGUUGUUGGAGGAGCGGCGGAGGUGCCAAAGCACGGCUGUUGGUGUCGAAACUUAGUCCAUGAUCAGUCAUGA